AUGUCCUCUUCAAAUGGAAAGGAGGUUGAGCUAGGCAGUACUCCAGAGAACCAGUGGGAAUAUGAUAUCGUAUCAACAGCACACCCCAAGGUUCAGUCCCGCGUUGAGAAAUGGUUUAGCCAAAUUGAGGACCAGCAAUUACAACAGAUCGAAAAUCCACGGAUCCCCGCCGAAAUCAUCUUCCAAAUCAUCGAAUUACUUCUUGACAGUCGUGAUAAAUGUACAGCAGUCUGUAUCGCCAUUACAGGUCGUGCUUACUAUCGAUUCUUCCGCUCACUUCACCCAGAAGGAGUAUCACUCAUUUCAAAACCACCAUACCCAUUUAGCCAGAUAGAUUUUCCACAUACGCUCGCAAAACUUCUACACGAUUCUUUGGUUCCAGAGUACCGAUUCUCAAAAAAGCUCGACCAGUUUCUUCUUUGCUCUGUCUAUGGAGAUGAAGCCGGCACUCCCGCAGAGUGUGAUCUAAUCCAGCGAACAAAAGAUUAUUGCAGCAUUAUAUCAAGACAAGGACGCACAGUCGGAGAAGCUAUCUUGCCAAAUCCAUUUGGAAUGGGGACCGAUUGGUAUCUUGCAGCAGUUCGCCAAUUUGUCAAACAUGUUGAAGAAGCCGUUCCAGAUUUAUCCACAGUCGGUAGCAAUCUCAUGCAAUAUUUACCCGUCGUAAUGCCCGGAAUCUCAAUGAUUGGACUAACAAUGAGUACAUUCACAUCGACGGGACUUCCAAUUCGUUUAGUCAAUAUGGCUUCGCCUUCGGAGAUAAGACCAUGGCUACACGGAAUACCAUACCCGGGAGUGACUUCGACCGGAAACAUAUUGCCAGGACAAUCGAUGCUCGGUCAAACACCCGAUCAAGAUCAAAUUCGAGAAAACUUGAGAAUGACCAAUCUUGCGGUGAAAGACCAGUAUGCAAGAGUUACAGGAAUGCAAAAGACUGGUCUUUGGCAUUUUAUGGGGAAGUACGUUAGCACACGGAUUCAAGAUCAUGGUUCAAGUGGUAAUGUGCUCAACACAACUAGGCGUAUGUGUUUUUGGGAGGCAAUACUUCAAGCUUCAAAGCAAGAUUGGGAACAGUACUUUCUUCUUCUUGCUAACGGAGUUGAGGUCCAUCCAAGUAAUGAAUAA